AUGAGAAACACCAAGUCUCUCCUCCGCAUCGGAGUGAUGCUCGAAAGUGUUCAGCUCCUUGAUAUCGCAGGAAUCGACAUCUUCGGCAACCUGGGCAAAGAUUACUUGACUAGUGUCCAGAGUAUGAUGCCCCAAGCAGCGCAGUACCUCGACAUUGCCCCCAAGAUCGAAUGGCAUUACGUGUCGUCUACAAUGGAGCCUAUGACUUUGACCCCAUCAACGAAGAUCAUCCCAACUGAGACCUACGACGACUGUCCUCGUGACCUUGAUAUUGUUCUCACGGGAGGACCGUUAGUGUCGGUCCGCCCGGAGGCAGCGGAUCGGUACAUGAAAGAAGCCUGGGAGACCACUCGAGUGUGGAUGACGACCUGCGUUGGGGCGAUGUGGCUGGCCGACUCAGGGGUGCUAGAUGGACACAAUGCGACGACUAAUCGUGGAGUGCUCCCCGCUGCAAAGAAACUGCACCCUAAGGUCAAUUGGCUUGACCAGAGAUGGGUGAUAGAUGAAAAGCCAUACGCUGGGGAGGGCAAGGGCGAGUUAUGGACUGGUGGGGGCGCAGGAGCAGGUCUGGACAUGAUUGGAACCUAUGUUCUGAACAACUUCAACCAGUCAUUUGUCAAUUCAAUGUCACUUUUACCCCUACAAAUGGGCCCUGAUAUUGAGAAGGGCCAGUUCUAUACGAACUGA